AUGCGAGGCGCGGCAAAUGUCCAUGCACUUUAUGAAAGCGCUGGUAGACGAAUAAUCAUCAAAAUCGCCUCCCCACACCCCGAAUUACUCUGGGUCCAUUUGGUCGAACGGAAUACAAAACAGACUCCAGACACUUGCACUCACACCGAAUUGCCCAGAGGGCAAUUCGCACCACGCGGACACCACCUAAACGCAUUUGGUUCGGACGUUCCGAGUCCUCUCGCCGGAGUGUUUACCGCGUCCAAUUGA